UCAUUUUACAAGCAAAUAUGCAAGGCCAUACGGAUCGAUUGCGCUCAGUUUUAUUGUGAAAUUAUUUCGAUCGAAUCACGAACUUCCGUUAGAAAGAAAGGAAUGAUGGCGCCUGAAGGACACUAGAAGACGGYCAACAAACCUGUGACUAAUUCUCAAGCCAACAUCUAAGUUUAUCGUUUGURCAAGACAUGAGACGUCUCACAUUCUGCAGUGCACAUAAGCAGUUGACCAAACAAGAUUCCAACAAUGUCUAAUAAAAACAGUUCCAACACUGCAGGAUUGCUAACUAAAGGGGAGAUCGAAGYUUGGUGCGUAGUGUACGGUGUCGAGGGCUUCUUAAUGGUGUUUGGAAACUUAAUUGCAAUCCUAGUAUUUUUGAUCAMUCCGUCUCUCCACAAACGAACGUACUACCUUCUAGUAAGCCUGGCCGUUGCGGACUUUCUAGUUGGUGCCUUGCCCGUACCCAUGUUCAUAUACGCACUCGGUGCAAGUCAUAAUCUUUGGCCAAAAGAUACUGACAUCCAGGAAGCACAGACAAUCGUUGAGAUAUGUGUGUCGUAUGCUUCAAUCUACUCACUCACAGCUAUUGCUAUUGAGAGGAUGCUGGCUGUUGCCUUUCCAUGGAAACAUUCGAUGGAAAAUAAGUCUUCGUACAUCGCAGCCAUCAUCAUCACGUGGCUGUUKUCCAUCUUUACGGCAUCUUUCGUAAUCUUUUACAGAGUGAAUGCUCAAGUCCAAACAGGUUUCUUCGUGACCAUAAUGGUAUUGUUAGGUCUUUGUCUUAUGAUCACGUUAGUGUGUUAUAUAGUAAYCAGCGUUAAACUCCUUCGGCACAAAGAAGAGUUGUCAUCAUUGCCGAAUAGAGAACACCGCGAGACUCAACUGGCCAUCACUCUUCUGCUCGUCAGUAUUGUCUUCCUCAUCACUUGGCUACCAUUCAAAGUCAUCAACUACAUUUAUCAUUUCGAUCCAGACCAUGCAAGGACAUUGUCUUACCAUUACAUCCUUGCCACCAAGUUUCUUCACUACUUUAACUCGCUUGUCAAUCCAUUCAUCUAUGCUUUCCGUAUUCCUGACUUCCAAAGGGGCUUGAAGAAUCUCUUCUGCUGCUCAGGAGCCGGUGAGCCUGAUCCGAAUAAGGACGCGAACGGGGCAUGGCAUGUGAAGGGAGUCUACGGACAGGAGACCGCUGACAACGAKCAUUCCAUGACAACGGUAUCGCGGGCUCCAAACUACUAAAAGAAGAAAAAAGGCUAUUUUAGACAUGCAUCUCAAGAUAAACAAAUUAGACACAGCGCAAAACAAAGUAAAAAAAAGAAAAGUGCUAAAACACGGCUUCUUCCAUUGCCAGCAACACUAAUACUUCAAUAUUAACGGCUCAGUAAUAAUACUCAACUGAUUAAACUUAAUAUUUUAAAUAAUUUUCUAA